AGAUGGUCUGUCUAGGAGCGGGCAGUGCUGAGAUCCGGAAGUGUUACCCCGGGGGCGGAGCUUCAUGGCCUCCUAGGCUCCCGUCAGUGUGUGCUGGUGCGGUCCUCAAGCAUGGAAAUCACCUGGCGCAAUUUUAAGGAACACUUACCGACAGUUUGUCAGGCUAUUGCGGAGGCAGACUUCUUGGCUAUUGAUGGAGAAUUUUCAGGGAUUAGUGACGGGCCAUCUUUCACAGCUUUAACAAAUAGUUUGGACACACCGGAGGAAAGAUAUAAGAAGCUGAAGGAGCACUCUAUGGAGUUUCUGUUAUUUCAGUUCGGCCUGUGCACCUUUAAGUAUGACGACACGGAAGCCAAGUACAUCAUAAAAUCGUUUAAUUUUUAUAUUUUCCCAAGACCAUUCAAUAGACAUUCGCCAGACAAGAAGUUUGUUUGUCAGAGCUCAAGCAUAGAUUUUCUAGCUAAUCAGGGUUUUGAUUUUAACAAAGUAUUUCGUGACGGUAUUCCAUACUUGAACCAAGAGGAGGAAAGACAGCUCCGAGAUCAGCAGGAGGAUAAGCGUUACCACACAAAUGGUGCAAGCACGACGUGUUACCUGUACGUUUCACCGGAUGCACUGAGGGCUCCAGUCGCUCCUGUCAUUCCUGAGGAUCAGAAAGAUUUUAUUGAUAAAAUUGUAGGGUCUGUUGAUGAAUUUUUAAAAGAUGAAGAGAAAAAAGUUCUACAGCUAGAACCUUGUACUGGGUAUCAGAGGAAGCUUAUCUACCAGACAAUGAACUGGAAGUUCCCUAAAGGCACCCAUGUGGAAACUGUAGAGUCUCCAAAUAAUGAAAGGCACAUGAUUAUUACCAAAGUAGAUGAAGAUGAGCGGAAGACAAAAGAGCUGCAGAAAAAAGCCAAAGAACAGGAAGACCUUAAUGAUGCUGUUGGGUUUUCUAGAGUUGUUCAAGCAAUUUCAUCCUCUGGUAAACUCGUGGUUGGACACAACAUGAUGUUGGACGUCAUGCACACCAUAAGUCAGUUCUACUGUCAUUUACCUGAAGAUCUGGAAGAGUUUAAAAGGUUGACAAAUUGUGUUUUACCAAGAGUGCUGGACACUAAGCUUAUGGCCUCUACACAACCCUUUAAGGCAAUUAUUGCACACACUGUCCUCGCCGAACUGGAAAAGAGAUUACAGUUGCCUCCUUUCAAACCUCCAAAAGUUGAGAGUGCUGAAGAUUUUCCAAGUUAUGAUACAAAGGCAGGACAACUUCAUGAAGCUGGAUAUGAUGCCUACAUCACAGGACUGUGCUUUGUCACCAUGGCAGACUAUCUAGGUUCGUUUCUAAGCCCACCGCAAACUCAUGUUGCGGCCCAGUCUGAUGUGAUCAGCCCAUUCUUUAACAAGCUUUUUUUGAUGAGAAUUACGGACAUCCCAUACCUCAAUCUGGACGGUCCAGACUUGCUCCCCAAGCGCGAUAAUGUCCUCCAUGUGACAUUUCCUAAAGAAUGGAAAGCCAGUGACCUUUAUCAGCUGUUCAGUGCCUUUGGUAAAAUCCAGGUCUCUUGGAUUGAUGAUACUUCAGCCUUCGUAACACUGACGCAGACAGAUCAAGUGCAAAUCGCUGUAAACAUCAGCAGAUUUGCAGAAAGCUAUUGUGUCCAAACAUAUGCAGAGUAUAUUGCAAAAAAAGAGAGACCAGACCUAGUUAAAAGAAAACGUACUGACGAUGGAUGGAUGGAUUUUGAAAGGAAGAGGCCGAAAACUCAGUACACGUAUGUUGCACAAAACUCAAGAUAUCAUUACUCAAGCAGUGUUGAUCAACCUUUUUCAAAAAAGAGAUCUAUAGAUGCUGUAGAGGAAGAAGCUGACUCUGUCAAUCCAGAAGAAUCAGAAGGCCAGGGAGGAGAAGAUGCAUCCAGCCCCACAGCUUCAGAUUCUGCCAAUAGUAGCAAGCACAAGAUAGACAAUGAUCAAGCAGAGUGCAGCAACAGUGUCUCCUCGGAAGAAUUUGAACUGGUGCACGCUUGGUAGAAGCAAUAGUCACUCUUCAGUGGUACAAGCGUUGAAAGCCAUAUAUUUUACUUCUCUUUUGGACAUGAUUAGGAUGUGUAUGCAGGUCAUACUGAAUUACCACCAAGUGACUGUAUAACCCUUCACCCGUUUUUGUACAACUGAGAAGCACAACUGUCUUGGCCUGUAAAAUAAAUGUGACUUAGUAGUAGUUUCCCACCGUGCACGGUCUUUUCGUUAAACAUCUUCAUAAAACACCAAGCUAUGGCUGGCCGUUUUCUAUCUUAAGGUAGAUUACAGUCUUCCUUGAUGGAUAUCUUGUCUUAGGUGUAUACUGUGGCCUUUGCUACACAAUCUCCAAAGGGACCUUUUCAUCUGGAGUUUUAUAGCAGAUACUCCAGAUACCCUAAAGAAUAUAUAAAAUGUUCUUAAUCUCCUCGAACAUGUUUUUACUGUAACAUUGCUGUAAUGUGUUUUGUGUGAUGUGAAUGUAUGUUAUUUCUUAAUUCCUUUUUUUCAUUUUUUUGUUCCAUUUACUAAUAAGUGAGUUUUUGUCACCAGAUAUCACAAGGGUUGUGCACAUAAACCAUAAUUUCCAUCGUUAAAUAUAUAUGUAUUUAUUGAAUUCACUAUUGAUUAUGUACAACACAUCUUUUGCCAUGUGGAAAGCCUCACUGUUAAAGGUUUUAAACCUAAAUU